AGUGCUUUAGACCGCUGCACCACUCGGGAGCCCCAAAUGCCAGCUAAGCCCCGGUCUGUGCUCUACGCAGGAGCUCUUAAUGCUCUCUCCCAACACAUACACCUCCCUCUUUCUAUCCCUCUCUCUUUCUGCCACGCUCCCAUGCUUGGGGAACAGGGCUCAACCGGUGGUGGUAGGAGAAGCGGGACUGGAGUGUUUAGUGCUGUCGUCACUGCUCUUGAUCGUUUGACCCUGGGAGAAAGUUCUGCCACAGGGGGAAAUAUGUGGCGGAAACCGGGGGGCUGGAACAGAGAGAAUAGGCGAGGGAUACCGCGAGCGUGAGAGCUGCGGCUCAGGCUUUGACCAUUCAGCUACUGGACGACAUUGUGGCUGAGAGACUGGAGGCUCAGGAGGCCAGAGGAAGAUGUUGAACCCUUGGGGGCUGUUCCUCUGCCAGUUGGCAAUAAACACGUCUUACCAUGUCAUAAAAGCCAGCCUCUGCCUGGGUGGGUCAGACAUCUUUGCGACGGUGAGCGAGAACCGACCCGUAGGAGAGUUCAUUGCGAACCUCAGCAUCGUCGGGGACCCUACAGGAGUCAAUAGCAUCCGCUUGUGCCUCACCGGAGAGAACGCCAAUUGGUUCUACCUAGAAGGGAGAACCAUCAGGCUCAACUCAUCGAUUUUAAGAGUCCUGGAUCGAGAGCGCCAGGGAUCUGUUUUGAUGGCAGCAUUAACAUGUUAUGAAGACGACAUAAUACAAAGUGAAUACAGGGUCAUGGUUGAGAUCCUGAACGAAAACGAUAACAAACCAAGGUUCCUUGAGAAGACUAUACAACCGCGUUACAUAAGUGAGCUCACUGCAGUCAACUCUGUCGUCUUCACUGUCAAGGCCAUCGAUGCUGAUGGAGACACCAUCACCUACAUCAUCGACAGAGCCUCGCCUGAUGCCAGCUACUUCAGGAUAGACCUGCCCAACAGUGGUAAAGUAAUCCUGGACAAGCCAUUGGACUAUGAGACCAAAACCAAGCUGCAGCUAGUCAUCUACGCUGUGGAAACCAACACCAAGGAGUGGUACAACACUUCCGCCUCACUGAUUGUGAACGUGGAGGACGGGGACGACCAUUACCCUCAGUUCCUACCGUGCACACCCAUCUCCCAGGACCACAACCACACGGUUGUCUGCACCAACCCCAUCUACGUGGUCAACAUCACAGAAAAGGACCAGGACAUGUUACUGAAUUUCUCUCCUGGUCCAAUUCAUGCCGAAGACGGAGACAGAAGCCUUGAUACGCCUUUGCUCUACUCCAUUCUCUCAGGUGCUGACAAAAACAGGUUUCAGAUUGACAACCAAACAGCAGAGAUCACAAUGACAAAACGGGUGGAAAACAGACAUAUGACACCUAUAUUCCGACUGCGCAUCAUGGCAUCUCAGCUGAAUGACCCAAAGAAGUACAGUGUGGCGACAGCGCUGGUCCGGGUGCUGGCAGAGAACCGGUUCCCUCCCCUCUUUAACAGAACCACGUACAAGGGCUUCAUCAUCGAGAGCUCCAGCCCUGCCACGCUAGUCUCCACCUAUGGGAACGAGGUGCUUUUCAUCCAAGCCAUAGACCAGGACUUUGUAGAUGGGGUGAAUCCAAAAAUGCAUUAUUCUCUCCAGCCCACACGAGCCACCACUGGACUGUACCACAUCACAGAGGAAGGGGUUAUCAUCGCUAAGACCGACCGCCUACGAUCCUUCGACAGGCUCAUCCUAGAGGUGGUUGCUAUGGAUGAGGAAUCAGGUGAAGUUGCUAAAGCCUCAGUCGACAUAGAGCUGCUACAAAGAAGCCAGCCAAUCCCUUGGACACCUUUCAGAGACAUGGAUGUGAGGAUAGCUGGCGGUAUCAUGGGUGGGAUGCUGCUGCUGUUAGUGACUACCCUGUUCCUGCUGAUCCGAUGGGCCAAGAGGAGGAGGAGGAGACAGAGACAAAACCCGGCCGGACGAGGGGCUGUCGCCCUGGGGAAGCACCUCAAAGUGGUGAACUCGGGCCGGCUCAUGAUCCCCUUGGUCGAGGAGGUCUCCUACCAGAACGAAGGGUUCAGCAUAGACUACGAGGCCUCGGGAGGUUCCGGAAGCCUCUUUGGGAGACAUGGGGUCUACACCAGGAAACAGUCGCUGAUCCCGCCGCCGCCACGCUGCCACAGCAGCCAUCUAGACUGCGGCUCCGGUACCGUAACAGGCGACAUGCUGCCUAUACUGGCGACGCCAGAGCCCCUGGUUAAAGACCUCACUGCCGCCCUCAUCUCCAACAGCAGGAAAGGUGACAACACCAUCAGCACAGGGGCUGUGACAAAAGACGAGAAGGAGAGGAAUAAGCAGAGGGAUAUGGAGAAAGAGGAGGAGAGGAAUAAGCAGAGGGAUAUGGAGAAAGAGGAGGAGAGGAAUAAGCAGAGGGAUAUGGAGAAAGAGGAGGAGAGGAAUAAGCAGAGGGAUAUGGAGAAAGAGGAGGAGAGGGAUAAGCAGAGGGAUAUGGAGAAAGAGGAGGAGAGGGAAUGGGAGAAGCAGUGGGAGCGCGCUGUUGGCACAAAAGAGAAGAGAAAUUCUGAGGGGGAAAGGACGGAUAAGUCGAGAGAUGUUUUGGGUGCUUCUAGUGAGACCGCAGACGUAAGCGAGGCCCCUGAGGACCAAACAAACACAGAAAAGCCUCAGAGCCACAGGAUGAAAACACACCACAUCAGAGAACCCAAAGACGGGCACAAAAGCUCUUCUGAAGAGUAGUCUGAGGCAGAAAAAUCAAUAUUAGGCUAUGCACUCUGAUGUGUCUUUCAGACGAUUAUGACACAGCCUCGGAGGACGACCAGGUCCCGUUACUCCAGUAUCAGGACGUCGAGGGGGGAAAUGCAGCGCAAGGGCUCAGCGAAACAAACCAGCGAUCAAGCAAACAGAUGACCGAGUAACCCACAUAUGCACCAUUCAGACUCACACUCUGGGCUUCAGACUCACAUUGAAGAUACAAAAUAACUCUAACCAUUUAUUUAAAAAAAAAUAAAACUGACAUUAUGGAGCCAAACAAACUCUAUACACAGACAAAAAUGUAUAUAAAUGUUUUUUUCUCUCUCCAAUUCCAUAUGAUUAUGUUGGUGUCACACUCUGACACUUUGAGUUGUUUGUUUCGUCAGGGUGUGAUAUGAGUGGGCAUUCUAUGUUGCAUGUCUAGUUAGUCUGUUUCUAUGUGUUUUGGCCUGAUAUGGUUCUCAAUCAGUGGCAGGUGUUUGUCGUUGUCUCUGAUGCAUGUUUGCACACAGUAUUAAUAGCGGUCACGGUCGUCUUAUUAUUUUGUUUGUUUGUUUAGUAUUCGUCGUGUUCUUUCAUCUACAUUAAAAUAAUGUAUUCACACCA